GGUUAUGUUCCUCUGAUUUCUGAGUUUCCAAUCUAAUAUUGAUUAUAAACUGUGUCGUGUGAUUACUUCAAAUUAAUUACCAUUAAUCAAUUGCAAUGAGUUGUCAUUAACUUCCAUUUGCCUCACUGUCCCUUGAAUUUAACGUUAAGGUGAAGGUUAACUUGCUUUUACUGAUUAGAUGCUGCUACCUCACUUAUUACAGUAGAUCAUCUGAAUGGCAUGGAUCAUGCGAGGAAGAAGCGCCCACCACCCAGAGGAGAGAAGAAAGAAAAUGAAUUUUAUGUGACCAAUAAGUCCGAUUUUAAAGGUCAGCUUUCCAAGUGUGAGAAGUUACUGUCAUCUGAGAACUCGUUUGUCAUCCUCCAUGGUUUGGGACAUGCAGUUUUGAGAACUAUAAGCUUAGCUCUUGAACUCCAGCGUACUCAUUACGAUACACUAGAGAUUCAUGUGAACACAUCAACCAUAGAUUUAGUUGAUGAUCUGGAGCCGUUGAAUGAUGAAUCAGAGUACGAAGUCCAAACACGACAGAACUCAGCCGUUCACAUCCUCAUCAAAUCCACAGUUAAAAGUAAAGAUAAAAAGUAGCAAAAUUUGUGAGGUUUCGUCAUUGUAAGUCUGCCCUUGAAGACACAUUUUUCAAUUGUUACAUUUCAAAGUGAAAGACAUCUUUUGAGCUAACCAUGUUCUUUUCCAUCAAAGAGCUUUCUUUUUGGCUCGGUGUGACGGUAUUCGAACUGUGGGUCAAUAUUCUUGGUUUGCUAGGUUUUUCUGUCCUUCUAGCAUUCCGACUGGAAAACAUGCAGAUCACAAGUCAGCCUCCAUCUCUAAACGACUGGUGGGCUGUUUUUCUACCCUUAUUCAUAGCUGAUAUCAUUAAUGCUUACUUUUGUACCAUCGUUUUUAUUCGGAUGUACAUCAAAGGCCUGUACAAAGGUGCUAUACUUCGCGCAUGUCGUUCAUUUACCUUUUUAUUUCUACUGUUUUUGGCUCAAUUUUUCAUCUGCAGAAAACUAACAGGUAUGUCAAAUUUAGAUUCGUCCGAAACAAUGGCACCUGUUUUUGUUAUUCUGCAAUUAUUGGCUGUUAAAGCUUGUCAAAUACAUUGAUUGAGUUGUGUAAUUUGAUUGUAAUACAAACUAAUUUCAAAUCCUACUUAAGGACUGCAGCGGGAAUGGGUCAUUUGCAACAGUCAUGCUCAUGAAAGCAUUUUUUUCUGUGAAAUCCUCCCCAUUUAGUCUGUAAAUAAUGAAAA